GCAGGUAAUUAUGUCCUCAAGCGAUGCAUUUUGGAGAAUGUUCGCAAACAAAAACAAAGGAAAAUCGAAUACCCGAUCGGCAUUUCAAGUUGUGAAAGAGGAGCAGCCGUCCACAUCAACAGAACCCGAUGAUAAAAAGCCGUUACACCAUGAAAUUGCCGGGGAGAUGAUUAAAAAUCCGGCAAAAGGAAAACGAAAGCGGGUUCAGAUCAAAAACGACGAGUAUGAGCAGCUCAUGAUGCUCGGUGUACCGGUACGCGUGCCACGUGGAUUGAGCCUCUACUCGACUCAAAAACUAAUGAUCGUGAGAAUUCUGACGGCGCUGAAAAAUAGUCAAAAUGUGCUUGGCGAGUCGCCGACGGGAAGUGGCAAAACUAUGGCUCUGCUGGCAUCUACGUGUGCAUGGCUCAAGCAGUAUAUCGAUGAGAAGCGAGAAUCAAAGGAAAAAUGUGAAAUCCAUGGAUUUUCAGGAAAAACACAGGUGGUGUUCACUAACGAUAUUGGAAUACCGCUAGAAUCUAAAGUAUAUGAAGAGCCACCGGAAGAAGAGGAAUUCAUUGAGCCUGUGCCAGUGAAAAACGAUAAACUUUUCGAGGCACAAUGGGAGCACGAUUUCACGCCUCAUACACCAGGAGAAACACCGCCCGUCACAUUGAAAGAAGAGCUGGAGCCGGUAAAAAAACCGGAGCCCGUUGAGACGAAAUGCACGUGUCUUCCUCGCGUCCGAAUCUACUACGGCACCCGAACCCACAAGCAAAUUGCUCAAGUCGUUAAAGAGUUCUCCCGUCUUCCAUACGCAAAAAUUCUGAAACACACAAUUCUCGCAAGCAGAGAACAAUCUUGCAUCAAUCCGGCCGCUCGUAAACACGCAGACAUCUCACAAUACUGUAAAGAAGUGAACAGUGCACAUUCGAUUGGUUGUUCAUUCAAAAGUGCUAUGAAACCACGAUUUGAGAAAGCUUUACCGUUAAGGGAUCAUUUAGAGCGAAAUGGAACAGUGGUAUUCGAUAUGGAAAAAAUUGUCGAAACGUUGGCCAUAUCAUAUCCUCAGCUGUGUCCCUACUUCAGCACAAACCGAAUUCUCACCCAAGACGCUGACAUCAUUUUCUGUCCAUUUUCGUAUCUGGUGGACCCAUUGAUUCGAAAUUCGUCAGAUGUUCAGAUAAGAAACUCGAUUGUCAUUUUGGAUGAAGCUCAUAACAUCGAAGACACGUGCAGAGAAGCGGCAAGCUUCUCGUUCACCGAGAAAGAGCUCGAUGAUUCGAUAUUGUCGCUGAGAAUUAAAAGAAAAGCAGUUGACACGGAAUUGGAUAAAACCGGCAUCGAAGAGAAGCUUCUCCACAUUCCAGAUCGAGAAGUGCAUCUAAAAGAAUUCCGUGGACAUCUUCUCUACCUUGAACACCUGAUCCUUGAGAUGCUUCGAUGGAUCCGACAAGUGUCGACGGAGGCGAAAACGCCGGCUAGAGGUGGUCAGGAUGGUGUGAAGACAUGCACAAUAUCGUCUGCAAAUCUUUUUACAUCAUUGACCGAUCCAGAAAAUGGUGUCGAUCUGUUCACACCACCACUGACACCCAAACAUGCAGCAGUGGCGGCGUCUUUCAGUGCGAUUACGAAGCAUAAUGAGCCUGAAAUGCAGUACUUUGACGCGUUCAAGCCAAGCUCUACAGCGAUAGUCUGCAUAGAGAAAUGGUUGUAUUUUCAGUCAUAUUUUGGAAAUCAGCAGUACCAAUCCACGUAUAGGUUAAACAUCUCUAUUGAGCCGAUAAAUCAAAAUGGGCGAUUCAAUCAUACUUUUGACGCAGACGUCUCGAUGUCGACUUCAUUUGGAAAUCCAAGACCAACAACGACAAGAAGCUCGGCGGGACCCAGAAACAUGCAGUACAAGGAGGAGAACGCAUGGCUAGCAGAUGCUGCAGCUGACGGAGACGAUUGGAAGGAUCCGUCAAUGUCAGAGACGGGUCAUAAACCGAUUUCAGAGGGCUGCAAGACUACGAUCAGCUUGUGGUGUAUGAGUCCAGCAUUGUCUUUCUUCGACGCAUUCAACGAAACACGUUCUAUAGUCCUCGCAUCGGGUACUCUGUGCCCAAUGGACACUUUGAAAACCGAAUUAGGAAUGGAAUUCAAGCAACAAGUAGAAGGAGAUCAAGUCAUUAAUAAGGAUAACAUUUUCGCAGCGGUUUUGCCAAUUGGUCCCUUUGGAAAUCGCAUUCAGUGCACGUACCGCAACACGUCAGAUCCGGAAUCUUCAUUUUAUUGCGAGCUUGGAGCAAUUAUCAAGUAUGUAUGCAGUAACGUGCCAGCAGGAAUUCUAUGUUUUCUCCCCAGCUAUCGAGUUCUAGAUCAAUUAAAACAAUGUAUGAUCCGUAAUUCAACAAUGCGACAAAUCGAAAUGAAAAAAGUUGUGCUCUACGAGCCGCGAAGAUCCUCAGAAUUAACAUCAGUAAUGGAUCAAUUCGAUGCGGCGAUCUUCGAUCCGUCUAGAUUCGGUGCAAACAUCAACGGAUCUCUUAUGUUUGCCGUUUUUCGUGGAAAAGUUUCCGAGGGCAUUGAUUUUGCCGAUGAUCGUGCGCGUGUGGUGAUUUCUGUCGGAAUUCCGUAUCCAAAUGCGAUGGAUGAUCAAGUGAAUGCGAAAAAGUUGUAUAAUGAUCAGAAUUCCAAGGAAAAGGGGAUUUUGACUGGCGAUGAGUGGUAUACCACGCAGGCCUAUCGAGCAUUGAAUCAGGCUUUGGGAAGAUGUCUCCGGCACAAAAACGACUGGGGAGCAAUGCUAAUGAUCGAUGAACGCCUAGAACGUCAAACUGGAAAUCUUGUGGGCGGAGCCUCGUCUGCUCGUGUCUCAAAAUGGAUUCGUGCUCAACUGAAAAGCUAUCCGAGUUUUAAAGAAUUUAAUGCGAAUUUUCGCGAAUUCAUCCAGCGUCGACACGCUGUUGAGAAAGCAAAAAAAGAGAAUUUUUGUGAAUGAAUUAAACUUUUUCUAACUUUUUUUUUUCGAUUAAAACCCCCGCCCCUUAUCUUUUUUACGUGUAAAAUUUAUGAUUUUUCCUCAUUUUCUUAAACAAUUUUUAGACGUCUUUUUUAAAAGUUAGAAUCUCCCUAAUGCAUUGUUUUUACCCCUUUUUUCAAAUCGAUUUUCAUAAAGCUUGGCCGAACUU